CCGCUUUGCUUGCUUUGACCCCACCCGUGCGCUGUCCACCGGUGCGGCAAAUCGUUAGCGGCUUCGUUGAAGACGCUUGCCAUGGCGGAUCCACUCCUGUCUCAGAAGGAUCUCCAGCAGCUGCGGGAGACCUUGCGCAAUGACCUGCAGCAGUUGCUGGACCAACAGACGCGCAGCUUGGAGCGCCUGGUGAAGGAGUCGCCCAAUGCGCCGCGGCUCUCGAAGAUGCUCACGCCUCCCAAGAGGCAAGAGGAGGUCAAUCCUUGGAACCCGGUGAAGAGCAACAAGAGACCUUCGGAGGAGAAGGAGCAUCCCUUAAGUGUCCCCAAGAUAGAUGAAGACUUCCCAGUCGAGGACACGGAAGUGCUGACGGACGUGCUUCCGGCGGUGACGGUGCGGAAGCUGGACUUGGGGCCCAGCAAGAAGCAGGAGAGCUGGGGAAGCCCUGAAAGAGCACCCGAGACCGCCGCGCGCGAGGGCCCGCGGCAGUCCAUGUUUAUGCGCUUCAAGGAGGGCGUCCAAGACUUUCUUCAGCAACCCGAAAGAAGCAGCGAGCGACAGGCGCAUUUGGUCCGGAGGAAGAAGCCGGGACUCUACGGUGAAGACGAACAGGAGGAGAUGAAGCUCGACGAGGAGGCGUAUGACGUGAUGAACUUCUACAAGCGGCAUGGCUGGGCGCAGGCGUUGGCCCGCUCCGAGCGCUUCGAGCGGAUCACGCUCUUCAUCAUCAGCAUCAAUGCCAUCUACAUUGGCAUCGAUGCCGACAACAAUACUGCACCCACCCUGAUCGAAUCACCUUGGCCUUACCAACUCUUCGACCACCUCUUUUGCAUCUUCUUCUCGUUUGAGUUGGCGGUGCGCUUCAUGGCCUUCGAGAACAAGCGGAACUGCUUGCGGGACGCGUGGUUUGUCUUCGACACCAUCUUAGUGAUGUUGAUGGUCUUCGAGACUUGGCUCCUCAGCAUUGGCCUCCUCAUCGCUGGCGCUGCGGAGAGUGGCAACAGCCUCCCCACUGGGCCUUUGCGCCUGCUGCGGCUCUUGAGGCUCUCUCGUUUGGUCAGGAUCUUGCGAUCUCUUCCGGAGCUGUUGACCCUGGUGAACGGCAUGCGGGCGGCCUCACGCGCAGUGACCUCUGCCCUGAUGUUGAUCCUUGGCAUGAACUACGUUUUUUCCAUCGUCAUCAACAUGUUCCUCUCCGACGUCACUUCCUCAGAGGUCAUCGUGCAGAAGUUCUCCACGUUGGGUUUGUCCAUGUGGAGUUUGCUGCUGCAUGGCACCCUGCUGGAUGGCAUCUCUGAUAUCUUGGAAGAAGUUCGAGCUCUGGAAACACAAGGUCAUGACUGGACCCUGGGCUGGUCAAUGAUCAUCAUUUUUUGCUUCUAUGUCUUGCUCACGAACAUCACAGUGAUGAACAUGCUCAUUGGCGUGGUUUGUGAGGUGGUCUCGGAAGUGAAGCAAAAGGAUGAGAAGAACACGGCAGUGGACUACUUGAAGCGGAACUUGCGAGAACUCUUGAUUGAGUUGGACACAGAUCAGAACAGUCAGAUUUCCAAGAGUGAGCUUCACAACGCACGGAGGAUGCCAAAGGCCAAGGACGUCUUAAAGGAACUGGAUGUGGAUUUCGAGGAUUUGAUUGUCCUCACCGAGCCCUUGUUCGAGCAGGAUGUGGAUGAAGGCCGAGAGCAAGAGGUCACCCGAGAAGAACUGCUGAACGUGAUCCUGAAUAUGCGCGGAGAUCGGGAUGUGCGGAUGGAGGAUCUCGUUCGACUACGUUGUGACUUGCGCCGCUACCUCUCGAGGCAGUUUCAGCAGUUGACCUCCUACUUCGAUGGUGAGGUGGGAAACCCGCUACGGCAAGAACCGUGGCCAUGAAAAUGCAAUGUGGCACCCACGCGGCUCGCGAAAGCGCCACGAAGAAAUCAGCUGCAGCACUGAGCAUGUUGAUUGAAUCACGUCAUGUUGAAGGUGGCACUACAAGAUCUGGGGGUUGUUGCUGUUCGGAAGGUCAUCAAACAGGUGAGAAUAGGAACCUUCUCUAAUCCUUGUCUCGCCCUUCACAUGUCACAUGCCCACUAUAUAUUGAUUCUAUUUCUGGGGUUGCGAAUUUGCUUCGAGGACUUGCAUAUGCGACAAAGCAAGACUCGCAAUCCAACGAUUGCCAAAGUACC